UCAGAGGCAGGACGCGUCAGCAUGGGAGGAGGAUUCACGAAUGUAACAUGCCUUAGGGUGGCAGUGAUCAGUUACCUGCCUCAUGUGGCCAUCCUGAGUGAGGGGCCGAAUCCCAAGGUUGGAGGAACACUCUCAUCUGUCCUGGAUAUUUUAGCGCAACAACUUGGCUUCUGCUACGAGUACAUGGUGCCUCAGGAUCUCGUGUAUGGCAAAGUCUUGGAGAACGGCACCUUGACGGGAAGUCUGGCAGCCGUAGUCAGUGGGGAGGCGGACAUGACGGGCCUGCUGACGGUGAAUGAGGCGCGCAUGAGACACCUGGACUUCACGGUGCCCCUCUUCGUGGAGCAGAUCCACGUGGCUGUGAGGCGUCCAGUGCUGGAACCUGACAUGGCUGGAUUUGUCAAGCCCUUUACAAUUUUUGUACGUUUGUCUGAUUGAUUGCUUGUUGAUGCUUGUCUGUGUG